GGUCAAGAUUUGAUCAUGCUCAACCAUCGUUCACAAACCAAAAACCCUAGCUAUAUAUAUAAUACUUGCAUCACCAUUGUCCUGUACAAACCCUAGAGAAGAUUCAAGCUGUUGCUGUCGACGCCAAUCUUUUCAUCUUUUGCCCCUCCACUCUCAAAAAUGAAGGUCGUCGCCGCAUAUUUGCUUGCCGUUUUGGGAGGCAACACCAGCCCAACGGCUAGUGAUUUGAAGCAUAUUCUUGGAUCAGUUGGAGCUGAUGCUGAUGACGAGAGGAUAGAGUUGCUAUUGUCUGAAGUCAAAGGCAAGGAUAUAACUGAGCUGAUUGCAUCUGGAAGGGAGAAGUUGGCAUCAGUACCUUCUGGUGGUGGUGGUGUUGCAGUUGCAGCCUCUGCUGCUGGAGGAGGUGCUACCGCUGCUGCCCCUGCUGCUGAGGCAAAGGAAGAAAAGAAGGUGGAAGAGAAGGAAGAGUCUGAUGAUGAUAUGGGUUUCAGCCUCUUUGACUAAAAUCAGAAUACUGGUUUUGCAGUAUGAAGGCUUUUUAUCUUUGGUCAUUAGUGCUUUUAUUUAAAUGUUACAAGUUUUUGGUCUGUAGUUGGAUAAGGUUUUACCAUUUUAGAGCUUGUUGUAACUCUUGGAAGUUUGGUUUAGUUAAUGAAUUGUGGUCAAACAUUAAAGUUAUAAUUGUUACUUUUAAGCAUGUUAAAAUGAUUUUGGAACUAUUUUAAAGCAAGCCAAUUUGAGAAA